AUGUAUACUUGGUUUAUACAAAUUAGAAGUCAAGGACAACCAAUCAACGGACCGAUCAUUUGUGAAAAAGCACUACAGGUAAACCAAAUGAAUGGUGAUCCUAAUUUUAAAGCGACAACUGGCUGGUUUCAACGCUUUAAAUCCGGGCACGGGAUAAGGGAGCUAGACAUACAAGGUGAGAGACUGUCAGAUGGUAUAGUAUCUGCCGAAAAUUUAAAGAAGUCAUUUAAUGAAUUAUGCAAAGCUGGUUGUUUUGACAAUGCAAAACAGGUCAAAGCUACCAACAAUUCCUGCAUUACACCCUUGGUUUGUGCUAACUCUACUGGCGAUCAAGGCUCCCGCUGCUUAUUAUUGGGAAAGAUAAUGCACCAACUCAUCAAGUUCAAUGUGUUGUUUCUUCCACCAAAUGUGACACGCCGUCUAUAUGACGAUGAUCCUCAAGAACCACAAGACAGGGAUUAUCCGGAUGGAAUAAGAGAAAUUAUCAAAGAAGCACCAGGUUUUGAGGAGUGUGACAAUGCCAAUAUAAGCGAUUGGUUAAAUUGCGACGUCGACGAUCCUGAUUAUCAGAUUUUUUCUGAUGAAGAAAUUGUGCAGCAGAUAAAGAAUUAA